AUGUUUGGCGCUUUGAAUCGUUUCAUAGCUCGUCUCGAUGCCGAUCCAGGCCCACAGCAAGACAAUUCAGGCCCCUCAGACACUUCGUACGGUUUCCAGGUCCUUCGAAAUGUCAACAAAGAUCUGCCUCUAGAACCUUGGUUUGACUUUAUUAUUGGAAUCAAUGGACAUUUCCUGGACUUCCCCGACCCAAAUCUCUUUGCCACUGAACUUCGUAAUUGCGCGGGCGGGUACUGUUCUCUCGAUCUGUGGAGCGCGAAGGGCCAGAGAACACAUUCCUUGACCGUCACCGUUCCCCCUGCACCACAAACCUUGGGACUGAGUCUCCAACUGGCACCUCUCAAUUCAACUCAAAACAUCUGGCAUGUCCUGACCAUCCCUUCACCUCUGUCCCCCGCCCACCAAGCUGGUCUAUUGCCACACAGUGACUACAUCCUGGGUUCUCCCAGCGGCACAUUGAAAGGAGAAGCGGCACUGGGUGAAUUGGUGGAAGAUCACCUCAACAGAAGUUUGGUUCUUUGGGUGUACAACUCAGAGUUUGACGUCGUCAGAGAGCUCGAACUCGUACCUAGAAGAGGAUGGGGCGGAGAAGGAGCAUUAGGAGCUGUCCUUGGUUUCGGUGCCCUCCAUCGUCUUCCAGUCGGCUUGGGGGAGGAGGUGCAGGCUCCCGGUGAGAAUUUAUUCGACGCAGACGGAAAGAUGGAAGAUGGACAACAAGACGGCCCCUCCCAUACUUUCCAACCGGCGCCAGCUCAGAGUCUAUCUCCACCUCCAAUGAUGAAUCCCAAUGCUCCUCCGACUACUUCAAUACCAGCCCGGGCACGAAAAGGAAGACAUCACAGUGCCCUUUCGCCAAAUAAUGGCUUUGAGGAUAUGUUUGCCGAGGGAGCCAAAAAGAGUGCCGAACAAGAUCAUGCUCCAUCGCGGAAAGGAACACCGUUGGCACCUCCACCCAAGACCGGAUCUGCAUCUCAUUCGGCCAUCGAUGACAAACAAGAUCCUCUUGAGCAGGCUGAGGAAGACCUGGGGGAGCCUGGAGAGGCCGAGGAAACUUGA